UUGUGGAAUUUGAAGUUGUGGAUUGGACUGCCACUGCGUCCACAGUCAUCCUUUAUACUUCUCAAUCGGGAUUCCCCACAUUUACAUACAGUCGACCUCUUGACAUCUUCUACGACUCUUCACCCGUUCAUCAUCAUCUCAAACAUGAAUUCCUUCAAAAAAUGGUUCCAAAAGUGCCAGGGCGAAAAAAAGUCAUCGCUUAAGCACUCCAAAUCAAUGCCAUUCAGACAAUCACAAGCGAGCAUGUUCGAGCCUUACGAUGAUCCUUUCAAAGCUGUGUACUAUGGCAAGGCCACACCUAGUAAACCUACCGACAUCGUGUACAUCAAGCAAGCUCCAGGGAUGCCAGACACCCAUCCUGUGCAGCGGUACCCAGAUGUUCACGAUCAUGCGCCAAGUCGUGCCCACUUCGACACGCGCGCCCACUUCCCGGACAGUCCCCCGCCGCUUCCUCCGAAGGACGCUCGCUAUGUUAUUCGCAAUAUAAGCGAUCAACGAGUCACAAGGAGACACAGAACUAUUCAACAUUCCUCUUCAAUCGCCUCCUUUUCGCAGCUCGCGGUCACAGCAGACCCCUCCCUUAUCCGCAAAAAGCGGCGUGAGGUUACUGCUGAUCAAGCUGUGGCGGAUCUGCUGCGAACGCCUGAUGGCCGGCCUCCUGUAUUUGGGAGCAGUAGACAGGCAGAACGUGUGCGCGCCAAGUCGAGCGCUGGUCGCUCAUACACCCCUGUCCCUUACGAUCUGCUGCCAGCAGCUGAUGGCGGGCCUCCCGUAUUUGGGAGCAGCAGACAGGCAGAACGUAUGAGAACCAAGUCAAACACCGGUCGCUCAUACACCCCUGUCCCUUACGAUCCGCUGCAAACAGCUGACGGCAGGCCUCCCGUAUUUGGACGUAGUAGACAGGCAGAGCGUAUGCGAUCCAAGUCGAGCGCUGGUCGCUCAUACACCCCCGUCCCUCCAGCUCCCCAAGUCCCCCCCAUCCCUACCACCCACUACUCACCUCCGAUGAUCUCGUACUCCGUGCAGAGCUCACGCACAAACCUGAAUCGUUCCAGAAAUCGGCGCUGAUUUGUCUUGUCAGAUGAUAUAUCAAUGAAUAUGUACAUAUAUAACUUAGUUUUUGGAGAUUUUCUUGGACUGUUCUACCUACUCAUGCACGUUGGAUAUAUCAUUAUGGAUAUGGAUAUGAUUAUGACAAAGUAUUUCCCAUUUGAAGUCAUGAUCAGCUUUACGCCAUCUCAAAGUUUAACUGCUACGAUUUAUCUGGUGUAGUCAAUUAUAUUACCGUCAGAUAUCAUUCGCCAUUGCAAGCUAGUGCAGUUAACAAUUUUUUAUUUCCCUGAUCACGAUACAAGUGAC